AUGGCUGAAUUUCUCACUUUUGGGGCUCAAGAAUUGCUGAGGAAAGUGGCUUCACUUGCCGCUCAAGAGUUCGAUCUUGUAUGGGGAUUCAAUGGAGAAAUAACAAAGCUGCGUGAGUCGGUGCUCAUGCUUGAGGCUGUGCUACAAGAUGCCGAACAUCCGCGACAAGAUCGGGGAGAUGCUGUGAAGCUCUGGGUGAAGAAGCUUGAAGACAUAGCUCAGCAUGCCGAUGAUGUGCUGGAUGAUUAUGGAUAUGAGCUUCUCCGGUGUAAGGUGCAACUGCGAAAUCAGAUGAAGAGAAAGGUGCAGAACUUUUUUUCCCACUCCAAUCCCAUCUUUUUUCGUGUUAAAAUGGCACAUAAAAUUAAGAAGAUCAACACAUCCUUGGAUGAGUUGAAUAAGAAGGCAAGUGCUAUUGGCUUAUUUGCUAGACUAUCCUUAGAUGCAACAACUUCCCAUGGUAUAAGCAUUGACAGGGAAACCUACUCUAUCUUAAAACAAGAUGAAAACAACAUCAUUGGAAGGGACGAUGUUGUGGCAGAUAUAGUUCAAGCCUUGACCAAAUCAAACCACAAUCUGGAAAGUGAUCUCUCCGUUCUGGCCAUUGUGGGUAUGGGAGGGCUUGGAAAGACAACUUUGGCUAAAUCAAUAUAUCAUGAAUCUGAGAUAAGUAGGCAUUUUGAGAAAAAGAUGUGGAUAUGUGUAUCUACCCUUUUUGAAGUCAAUUCAAUUCUGAGAGGGAUCUUGGAAUAUCUUAAACCAGAAAAUGCUGCGGUGAAAGGUAUAGAUGCAAUAUGUAACAUUCUUCAAGAAGAGUUGAAAGGAAAGAGAUACCUUCUUAUACUUGAUGAUGUAUGGAAUGAAGAUGCUGAAAAAUGGAAUGAUUUGAAGAGUUGUUUGGUAAGAAUUACUGAUGCCUAAGGAAGCAGCAUUAUUGUCACCACUCGCAGUGACAAAGUUGCAAAAACAGUGGAAACCCUUCCUAGGUGUGAUUUGAGAAAACUAUCAGAUGAUGAGUGUUGGCUUAUAUUGAAGAAUAAAGCAGUUCCAGUCGGAAGUGUUCCUAUACUUGAAGAUCAAGAGACAAUUGGAAGGGAGAUUGCCAAAAAGUGUGGAGGUAUACCAUUAGUGGCAAAGGUAUUAGGAAACAUUAUGCGCUUUAAAACAAGCAAUGAAUGGAGUUCAAUUAUGGAAAGUAAAAUGUGGGAUUUACCGAAAGAAGAAGAAAGAAUCAUGUCAAUUUUAAAGUUGAGUUUUGAUGAAUUGAAAUUUUCAUCAUUGAAACAAUGUUUUGCAUAUUGCUCGGAAUUCAUCAAAGACUCUGUAAUGGAAAAGGAUGACUUAGUCCAACUUUGGAUGGCUCAAGGAUGGCUUCACCCCACCAAAAGUAAUAUGGAGAUGGAGGAUAGAGGGAACGAAUAUUAUAACAUUUUAUCAGAAAAAUCCCUUUUUGAAGACGUUAGAACUGAUUAUAAGGGUAAUACAACAUGCAAGAUGCACGAUCUUGUGCAUGACCUUGCAGAACGAGUAUCAAACAUGACAAACUGCCGCUCACUAUUUUCCAAGGGAGAAACACUUGGGAACACCUUGCCUAACUUUAGAUCUUUACGUGUGUUAAAUUUAUACAAGGCAGACAUUGACAAGUUGCCGAGUUCAAUUGGAAAGUUGACACACUUGAGGUAUCUGAAUGUUAUGAAAACAAGAGUGAAGGCAUUUCCAAAAUCUAUUGGUCAACUUUAUUACCUUCAGACGUUUAAAAUGCCCUAUCAUGUUGAAGAGUUCCCAAAGAUGAUAGCUAAUAUGAUCAACUUGAGACAUGUUUAUUUUGGUAAACAUGCGAAAGUUCCUGUUGGCAUAUUGGGAAGAUUGACGAAUCUCAGAUCAUUACCUUUUUUGAAGGUGGGUAAGGAAACUGGGCCUAGGAUUGGGGAAAUGGGUGGGUUAAACCAUUUGAGAGGCACCUUAUCCAUCUAUAAUCUGGAGCAUGUAAGAGAUGGAGAAGAAGCAGUGAAUGCAAAGUUAGUUGAUAAGAAACAUAUACGCAAGUUAACUCUCGACUGGAAGCUUAGUAGACCAAGCAACAAUAUUGACAAUGAGGAUGAUGUACUUGAAGGUCUGCGACCACAUUGUAAUUUGGAAAUUUUGAAGAUUCAGGGGUUUAUGGGUGUAAAGUUUCCAUCAUGGUUAUUGCUUGCCAGCAACUUGAAAGAAAUUGAAUUAGCAGGGUGCAACAAAUGCGAAGGAUUUCCAAUACUGGGCCAUCUGCCCAAUCUUAUACAUGUUAAGAUGGAGGACAUGCAGAACCUAAGAUGCUUGGGGUCUGAGUUUUAUGGUUACGAUCAGAUUUCAGGUGCAACAACAAGUGACGGGAGAAAGACUUUGUUUCCUGCUUUGAGAUCAUUACAUAUUGAGAAUGCCGAGAAUCUAAUAGAUUGGAUGGAAGCAGGGGAAGUGAUGCUGACGACUGGAAAAUUAAGGGUGUUUCCUUACCUUGAGGAGCUGCACGUGCUGCGGUGUAAGCAAUUGAGAAGUGCUCCCAGUCAUUUUCCAUCUCUCAAGAUGUUGGUGAUACGAGGAGUGGAAAGUGGUAUGCCUAUAGCAAAUAUUUUAAGCAAUAAACUGACUACUCUCACUUAUCUCUCAGUAUAUGAUGUCGAGGGACUUACUAGUCUUCCGGAAGGGACGUUAAGAAACAACAAGAGUCUUGAAUGUUUGCGUAUAUGCAACUGUCCGGAGUUAAGCUGCAUUUCUCCCCAUGGAUUUGACUGCUGCGCAUCUCUUCAGUUACUGAGAAUUUGGAAGUGUCCUAAGUUGAGGUCUUUAUCUGAUGGGCUACUCCCACUCUCUCUCAAGGAGUUGGACAUACAAGAUUGCUCCAGUCUAGAGUCCAUCCCAAUCAUCCCUGAGCAAGGCGGUCUCCCAUCUCUGCGCAAAUUGAUUAUAACCAAGUGUUCUCAGUUAUCCAGUUUACCUGAUGGGCUACAAUACUGCACAUCUCUUCAACAAUUGGUAAUAGACAGCUGCCCAAAGAUAACGUCCAUUCCAGUCCAAUACUGCACAUCUCUUCAACUACUGGAGAUACGGAGCUGCCCAAAAAUAACGUCCAUUCCAACUCAAUACUGCACAUCUCUUCAACAACUGGACAUACUGAGCUGCCCAAAGAUAAUGUCCAUUCCAAUUCCAUCUGAGGGCCUCCCAUAUCUUCGUGGACUGCAGCUUUGGCGGUGUCCUGAAUUGUCAAGCCUACCGAGUGGACUAGGCUGCUGCCCCUCUCUUGUUGAUUUGUCAAUAACAGAGUGCCCUAAGGUUACAUCCAUUCCAAUUGACAGUCUCAGUACAACCCUCCGAAGCUUGUGUGUAGAUAAUCCAGAGUCUCUUCCAAUUUUACACGGCGGCUUCACAUCCCUCCGAGGCUUGUUAAUCGACGGAUGUCAAAGUACACAAAUUGAUCUGGAAUUUUGUGCCUUUAUUCCAAUCCUCGUCUCUCUUGAGGAGUUGAGAAUAAGACGGUGUCCUAAUCUAGAGACUGUUUCGAGUUUUGACAAGCUCACAUCCCUGCGUGAGUUAUGGAUUAGUGAUUGUUCCCGAUUGACAUGUCUACCCAGUGGGUUAGCAAUGGCAUCCCCACACGUAUUCACCCGUCUCAAGCAAUUGACACUUGGUCGGUUUUGGAAUGAGCUGGAUUCAUUCCCGGCUCUUCAGGCUCUACCACAACUUGAAACACUGACCAUCUUCGGGUGGCCGAAGCUCAAGUCUCUGCCUGAACAAGUUCAACACAUGACGUCUUUGACCGAAUUGCGGAUAGAUUCCUUUGAGGGAGUGGAGGCUAUUCCAGAAUGGUUGGGAAACCUUGCAUCUCUUCACUCCUUAUAUAUUUUCCGUUGCAAGAAUCUGAUGUAUCUACCUUCCGUCCAAGCUAUGCAACGCCUCACCAAAUUAGAUUGGCUACGUAUCUACAAUUGUCCCCUUUUGAGCCAAAGAUGCACCGCGGAGAGCGGCCCAGAGUGGCCUAAGAUUUCUCAUCUUCCAUCCAUCUCUGUUGAGGGACAGGUUAUUACAUAAACUGUUGAAGCUAUGCGAUACAUCAAUCAAGAAUAAGCGGUGCCUACUGGAGUAUCUCAAUUAGGAAUUGCUUCAAGUUUCACUUCAACUUACUUACUGUGUCCGAUGUGGUGUAUUUACAGGAGCAUCUACAAUUUUAUUUGCAGAAGAUUACUUCUGUUCUAGCUCUAAGGGUUCAGGGGCAAGCAUUCUUCGUUUCUUGAACUUUUGUGUUGAAACAAGG